AUGGCGACAAAACCAAAACGGAGGUUUAGCUCUCUCCUUACAAUCUUCCUCCUCGCAAUUGGUUCCCUUUGGACUCUUCUCCAGAUGACCAAGGCACCCGAACCACUCUGGAAGCCAGACGACUUUUCGUUCCUCGCAGAUCACUGCAAAUCUACUCCUCCAAUCACAAGGGAGGAGUACCUUGGACGACAAGCCGCACUUACGAAGGUCUUAUAUGACCUUGGAGCUGCUGCAUAUGUCGCUGAACCGGGCGCAAACGCACUCUAUUUUGCAAACGUCUCGUCUGCGAAAUGGAAAGCGUCUGAGAGACCAUUUCUCAUCGUCAUUGCACCAAAGGUACUACGCCAUAACAAUAUCGAGGAGAUUGUUCCCUCUCUUACAGUCGUCACUCCACGGUUCGAGUUGACUCGAGCCAAAAUGUUGAAUAUUCCAUCGUCCGACAUACAGUUCGUCACCUGGGAAGAAGACGAGAAUCCAUAUCAAGUGGUUCUCUCGGUCAUCACCUCCGGCACAUCCAAACCUACCAUCUUCGUCGACGAGGCGUCGCGCUAUUUCAUCGCUGAUGGGAUACAACAGGCAGCCCAGCAUGCCUUUGUCAAGAUAUCAUCGGCACAGGUACGUGCUUUGCGUGAACGCAAGUCACCGGCGGAACUGGCUAUCAUGCGUUGUGCAAACGAGGUUACACUACUUGCCCUGAGAGAGGUCAGGUAUCGCUUGAAGCUAGGUAUCCGCGAGUCUGAGGCGAAAGGGAUGAUUCUCGCAGCUAUGGAUGAAGCCGGAUUGAACGAUCUCAGUGCCCUCGUCCUCUUUGGAAAAAACGCCGCAUUGCCUCAUGGCAGCGGGAAUGACCGACAGCUGGGCAAGGAAGACCUCGCCCUCUUCGACUUGAUGGGAACGUUGCAUGGUUACUACUCUGACGUUACAAGAACUGUGGCACUCCCUGAAUCGCGAAUACCUUCCAAGCAUCUAGAGGUUUGGUAUACGGUCCAGAAGGCUCAAUCUGCUGCUGCAAAAUACGCUCAGGAGGGCGUCAAGGCUAGAGACGUCGAUGCCCAAGCACGAAGUUUAAUCGACAAGUACGGCUACCGCGGCCACUUUACGCAUCGGCUGGGGCAUGGUAUAGGAAUACAGGGCCAUGAAUCUCCAUAUCUUGUUGGAGGGAGUGAUGUGCUUCUGAAGAAGGGUAAUGCGUUUUCCAACGAACCAGGGAUCUACAUCGAGGGCGAGGUUGGGAUCGGAGGAACAAUGGAUGACUCUGCAAUGCAAGAAGACCAUCCAGGAGACGCCGCGAUUGCCAUUGACAUGGAAUCGCCCAAGCAUCAAGAACAAACGCCGCACGAGAUGGCGUUCACGACCACGGCGGAUGCCCAACCAUAUUGGACAACGAAUUCGGAUCAGAAUACAGAUGCUCAGCUCGUCGACGUCGAGUUUGACACAGAGGACCACGGGAUGAUGAGCGCGGCUGAAGUUGAGAUGAGCGCGGCCGCACACGGAGAAGAGUACGAAUAUGAGAUGACUUAUGAGGGUGGAGGGCCAGAGAGCAACUAUGAAACCAUCGAUACUGAGGUUCCAGACGCAGAACUUCACGAUGUGACUGUGCCGCAUGUUGAAAGCCAUUUUGGAACUUCCUCUCUUGAACCUGUUGUGGAGCCCGUGGGCAUGCUUACAGUUCCCCCGGUUGAUUUAUCAGCUACAGUGGUCUCUCCGAGCCAGCCACCACCAUCCGAGUCUGAAAUAUUGGCUCCAGCACCAACCAUUCAUGAACCUCCACCAUCUGAAGACUUAGCAGCCGCGGUACCGACAACUGCCGUGAUUGUUGAACCUCCUCCCUACUCGCUCGAUAAUGAGCAGCCAAUCUCAUUGGCGAGAGCGGAGAACGUGGAGCCUGGUGUAGAGGAGCCUGCUUUAAUCACGGGAUACAGUCCGGAGACUACAGGACCACCAGGAACAAAGCCAGAAGGAGGAGAAGAUGUAGCUCCUGUUGCAGAGACCCCAACAGAAGAGAGCACUUUGGAGGCUCCACCACUAGAGCAGCAAGCAGAGGAGGUAGUGGAGCCGGCUCAAGAACGAUUGGAAGAUGCACAGCAGUCUGAGCAUAUUCCGGUCACGACUGUGCUUUUAACCGCCUUUUCCGAAGCAUCAACUGUGGCUCAAACGCUGGCAUUGUUCAAAGAACCCGACGUUUCCCUCGUUCCUUCGACUUCCCAAUCGAUCUCGGACACACGCUUGACACUGCUAGAUCAGCAUCAUCAUCUUUUCGCAGAGCCAAUUGCAACCAUGCUCAUGGAGCUUCGAAAAGAGUUGCAAAAUGCUGAACCAGCGAUAUUUUCACGAUCAGAGUUUGAGUACAGAGAAUUUCAGCUCGUAGUUCGGGAUUUACAACUCGUUUUGACAGAGGACAACAUUUAUGCACACAAGAUUACGCUUUCGGACCUGGUCUCUAUGCACCAGAGCUGUGGCCUUUCGGGCUAUCUUCAUCUUGAUAUCUCUUUGCAAUCUCGCUUCAUCGACCGCUAUAAUGUUAUCAAGCAGGCGAUAGAGAAUCAUGCAAACUCGGGAUCUGUUGACCCUGCUGUAUCAGCCCCUGAAGGGGUACAUGCUGCUGAUAAUGCCCCAGAAGCUGAUGAAAACUAUGGUGAUGGAGAGCCAGAACCACCAUUGCCCGAGGACGCAGACGAGGAGCCAGAACCGCCAUUGCCAGAGGAUGCCGACGGAGAGUUAGAACCGCCAUUGCCAGAGGAUGCAGAUGGUGAUGCGUGGUCAGAGGAGCAAGACGAAUAUCAGGCAGAUGCUAUAGACGAACUUGCCCAGCCCGUCGGAGAAGGAGAAACAAAUGACUGGGAGGACGUGGGUGAAGGAGUUGAGCCUACCACAGAGAACCAAGACGACACACAAGAAGAUAAUACCGCGCAAGAAGAGUACGUGCACGAGGAUGAGUACGUACCUGGGGACGAGCUGCCAUUUGCUGGGUUCGACGAGACUGAGCUUGCAAAUGAAUAUGACGCCGAGGAGAACGGCGCAUCUCUAGAAAAUAAUCAGGAUCACCUUGGAGUCGAGUCUUUGGAUGAUCGUACUUUGGAAGCCACAACCAAUACAGAUGGCCUGACAGAAGAUGUGCAGCAUCAUGUUGAGGAUGUCGAUGAUGUUGCAGCCGAAGAUGAAGCCGAAGCCGAAGCCGCAGAGGAGCCCACUCUCCCGGAUGAUGACGAAUGGGGAGAUGAAGAAUAUGACGAACUUGCAGACGGAACAGGUGGUGAAGGCACGCAAGGAGAAGAUACUGCGCAAUAUGAUGAGCAGGAACUCGUGGAACCAGCCCUCGAGAUGGCUGAGAACCAGGCUCAGCUUUCGCCAGCACCGCUAUCUUCAGAUCGAGAGGUGCCACUAUCCGAGACCAGCAAGAACGAGAAGCACGCCACCAACCUCCACCAACCACCACCUAUUCGGAAACGAUCAUUUAGCGAGGUUGAAGAGGAACCAGACGACGGUGAACGCCAUUCAUCGGGUCCCAAAAAACCCCGACAUGCGUAA